AGCAAUAUAUAAGGACUCUGGAACAGCCCUGCAAGCAGAUGCACUCUCUGCUAGGAAUGAUGUCAUACCUGAAAGUUAUGAUCAUAUGGAACAUACUUUGCGUAUCCCUGGUGGUCCUUUCACUGUCCUUGAUUCCAGAAGUGUCUUCUCAAGCCGCCUCCUGCGAGGGACGCUGCUUCGAGUCCUUCCAGAGGGGGAGGGAGUGUGACUGCGAUGCCGACUGCGAGCGAUACGGCAAGUGCUGCCCAGACUACGCCAAGCACUGCAAAGAGGCACAAACAGAAAAGCCAACCCCAGAGACUCCUCCAGAUAACAAAUCUAAAAGGUCCUCCACAGAUGAGGAAGAGUCACCAGAGGAACCUGUGGAAGAUCCUGAAAUCCAAGUGACAACUCCUGCUCCAACUACAGAACCUGCAGAGACAACCCUUGCAGCCACAGAGGCACCAACUACCACGGAAGACAGUCCUACAACCCCAAAGGCAGAGGACACAACCCCUGAUGCCACUGAGGAACCAGUGACUGAAGCCGACCCUCCCACUCCGGACACGGCAGAAGAUGUGACCCCAGAUGCCACAGAGGAACCACUGAAUGAAGAGGAUCCGACCGACCUCCCCGCAACACAGGACCCAACCCCGGACUCUACUGAGGCACCAGCAACUGAGAGCGAGCCUGCCAGCACGCCCGCGCCUGAAGAGACAACCCCAGAGGAGCUGACAACCCCUAAACCAGAGGAGACAACCCCAGAGGAGCCAACAACCCCCACACCAGAGGAGACAACCCCAGAGGAGCCAACAACCCCCACACCAGAGGAGACAACCCCAGAGGAGCCAACAACCCCCACACCAGAGGAGACAACCCCAGAGGAGCCAACAACCCCAGAGGAGGUGACAACCCCCACACCAGAGGAGACAACCACCCCUAAACCAGAGGAGACAACUCCAGAGGAGGUGACAACCCCUAAACCAGAGGAGACAACUCCAGAGGAGCCAACAACCCCCACACCAGAGGAGACAACCCCAGAGGAGCCAACAACCCCCACACCAGAGGAGACAACCCCAGCGGAGCCAACAACCCCAGAGGAGGUGACAACCCCUAAACUGGAGGAGACAACCCCAGAGGAUGUGACAACCCCGAAAACAGAGGAGACAAUUCCAGAGGAGCCAACCACCCCUAAACCAGAGGAGACAACCCCAGAGGAGGUGACAACCCCUAAGCCAGAGGAGACAACUCCAGAGGGGCCAACAACCCCCACACCAGAGGAGACAACUCCAGAGGAGCCAACAACCCCCACACCAGAGGAGACAACCCCUAAACCAAGUGAGACAACCCCAGAGGAGCUGACAACCCCUAAACCAGAAGAGACAACCCCAGAGGAGCUGACAACCCCUAAACCAGAAGAGACAACCCCAGAGGAGCUGACAACCCCCACCUUGGAGGAUACAACACCAGAGGGGCCAACAGCCCCUAAACCAGAGGAGCCAACGACACUCGCAGCAGAUGAGCCAACCACCCCAGAGGAGUUGACAACUCCCAAACCAGAGGAGACAACCCCAGAGGAGCCAACAACAAAGGCAGACUCUCCCACUACCCCUAAACCUGAAGGGACAACACCAGAAGAAACUACAACCAAGACAGACUCUCCCACUACCCCUAAACCUGAAGAGACAACACCAGAAGAAACUACAACCAAGGCAGACUCUCCCACCACCCCUGAAGCAGAGGAUGCUGACUCUCCAACCACCCCUGCAGCCCCUGAGUCUAGUACCUCUGCCAGUAAAGCUACGGAUUCUCCGAGCAAUGCCGCAACCACAACAGUUGGAAUGGACUCCACCACACUUGAGGCAGGCACAAUGCUUUCAGAUACCACAAUGGAGAACAAGGAGACAACAACACCCAAGAAAGACAGAACUACUCUGCUUAAAGACAUUUUCACAGCUGCAAUUGGGAAAGACACGGUUACUGUAGCUAUGGUGACAACAGCUAAACCCGGUGAUUCUCCUAAAGAUAUGGAUGACAUUCCAAACACAGCUCCUAUGGCCGAGCAACCUGUCACCACAGCAGCUGAAUCAGAAACAACUUCUACAGACACCAAGACUGCAACAACAGCAGCCACAGCUUCCUUGCCCAAUCCCACCGUGCUGGUAACAACCAUCAAAGAUUCAACUCCUCAACCCAAUGAGGCUGUAACACCAAAUGAAAAAGAGACAACUACAGACACUGAGCAGGCUGGGCCAGCAGCAGACCAAGAGAGCCCAGGUACUACUUGUGUUAUUGUGGAGAUGACAACAGCUGGUAAAAAAGAGGUAACAACCAUCAAAGAAAUGGACACCACACCUGAAAAAGAAAUGGAAGAUGUCACUGAAAAGGCCCCUGGUAUUGCCAAAGAAGAAGUAACUACAAUUACCAAAGAAACCACAACAAGGGAUAAAAAAGACACAAUAGAAGAAAUGUAUCUUGUGUCUAAUGGGACAUCCAAGCCAACAAUACAUUUCCAGGAGGUCACUGAGGCCAGGGAAGAGCCUCACCCAACUGAGCCUGAAACUCUGCCAGUGAAAGAAGAGCCAGAUAUAAACAAGCCUUUAAUACAAGUUGGAGACCUGCCAAUGUUCCCUGGAGAAACACAAGAGAGCAAGAACGACGAGAAGGACCUGUGCAGCGGCAAGCCAGCGGACGGCAUGGUAGCCCUGCCCAAUGGCACCCUGGCCGUGUUCCGAGGUCACUAUUACUGCCUGCUGAACGGCCGGACCCCGCCGACCACCAACCCCCGCCGGAUCAGCGACGGCUGGGGCAUCCCCUCGCCCAUCGACUCCGUCUUCUCCAGGUGCAACUGCGAUGGGAAAACCUUCUUCAUCAAGGGUCCCCUGUACUGGCGCUUCACUAAUGGCAUUAUGGAUAGUGGCUAUCCCAAACCUCUCGCAACUGGAUUUGCAGGGUUAAGUGGGAGAAUAGUAGCAACCCUCCCUGUGGCACGAUACAACAGCAGACCAGAAUCUGUUUAUUUUAUCAAAAGAGAUGGAAACAUGCAGCAGUACGUGUACAAACAAGAACCAGCCAAGAAGUGCCAGAGAAGAGCCCGGGUCACCAUCCGGUACCCAGCCUUUGUGCCCAGAGUUGUGAUCCGGCGCCGCUUCCAGCGCGCUGUGCGAAUGCCGACCGUCAUCCGCACCGUCAGGAUCAACCCCCACCCCUCUGGUGUUCUGCGCAAGGAAGUCCAAAUGACAACGUACUGGAGAGGGCUCCCCAAAGUUAUCCACUCAACUCUCUCCGUGCCCAACCAGAACAAGCCUGAUGGCUACGAUUACUAUGCCUUCUCUUACAAUCGGUACUACAGUUUGGAUAUUGGCAAAAGAAUAGCACGACCUGUUACUGCUCUCACAGGAAAGACUGUAUCCAAAGACUGGUACAACUGUCCCAGCAAGUGAUGCACAGCAGAGAAGUUUAA